AUGGGGGAGAGAGAGGCCCGCAAGACAGCCGAUGGAGCAGCACCCGGAGUCUCUCGGUGUCUCGGCUCAGGAGCUUAUCUCGGUGCGCAUCGUCAGCAUCAGUUUGAAGUGAAAUCUGACAGCCGCCGCCGCCGCCACCACCGCUCCGGUCGCGUCUCCUGCCUCUCCGACACGCUCCUCGGUGGUCAGCCCGUCUCCUCCAAAGUUGAGCGGGACUGUGGGGAGCGCGUCUGA